AUGGCGACCGCACUAGAGAGACUUGUGCUUCAAGCUCUGAUCGAGCCAUCACAUCCGUGUCUGAGCCUCGCCGUGCUCAAAGAGGUCUUUGCUGUGCACAGAGAGAGCAUUUAUCACCACACUGUUGCGUCACUGAUGUCGAAAGAGCUAGGAUACUCGCAAGAGUUCUACCAGCUGCUGGGCUCGCUGUCAUUGGUGUGUUGGAAAUGGUUCCGCUACAUUACGAAGCGCUUCUUCACGCAUCUCUCGCUAGAUCUCAGCCACGGUUGGGAGCCCCAGUGGCGGUGUGCGCUGCCCGAGACGCCGCUCUCUUUUAUCAUGGUCACCAACAUCUUUCUCUACAACAGGCCACAAUACUAUGGGAUGCCUCCCAUAGUCUACAGCGGAAGCAAGUGCACACUACUCGCGCCACACAACAUACUUCGACUCUCUGUCCAUGUCACCGACCAAGAGAGCGAUGCGGCCAUCACAGUCGAUAUGGUCAGACUUUGCACCAAUCUACAGACUGUCGAUCUCUAUGCCCAGCUGCAUCAAUCUGCCAAAGUGGACAAUAUUGCCAAGACACUCCAGUCAAUCAAUCCACUCUUGGCGAUAUCGCUCACGGUAGCACAUGCAGGCCUUUGCAACCCUCGUGCCGAUGACACUGGCCUCUGGCAUCCAGCCUUUACAAACUACCAAUCAGUCCAUUACUUGGCUCCUACAUGCUUUGUUGAACUUCCUCUCAUCAUUAGACCUUGGACACCCAACCGAUUCACCUUUGUCAAUGUGUGCCAGUCCUGGAUUGGCUACGACCACGAUCUCAUUGGCGAUCGAGAGCACACUCGUCUUCUCAUCGCGCAUAUCCUCCAGACUGCACCGUCCCUGGCCGAGGUUGACUUUGGAACGAUCCCCAUUGAGCUGGAGGAGCUCACUCAGACAGUGUCAAUGGCCAAUAUUCGCUCUGUUACCUGUCGACUCGAAUUAGCCAACAACCUCUUUGCAAAGGAGAGCUGGCACGAUGGAUACAAUGCAUUGGUGGACGCGAACCCUGGAAAGACCAGCUUGACCCCAGACGACGCUUGCUCCCUGGACGCAAAUGUGAUCUUGUCCGAGCUGCGCCACUUUGACGUGCUGUGCAAAAGCCUGUCAACUUCAUCCAUUGAGCGACUGACCUGCAUCAAUAACUGGCCCGAGUACAACCACUGUGGCUCCAAGAUCGAGUCGGUUGCCCUUUUCUUCAUGCAGUUCUGGUUGGCCAAUGUAAUUGGCGAGAGCAGGUUAUCCCAUCUCCACCUCUGCGGCCUUCCUCUGGUCAGUGAUCGAUUCUUUGACAAUAUUCAAGGCUCUGCACUACUCAGUCUGUUUCUAACACAUGGCGCGAUGCUCGACAACUACAUCGAUUCUCUCAACGAUGCUAUCAGUAUGAACAAAUCCAUCCCAAUUAUCUCGCUCCAGUGCAACCAUAUCGGUCUUGACUUUGAUUGA